CACUCCUUCACAUACAUAAUCCCGAUGGCAUCGGUUCCCUCCACCGGCUCGACGAAGGUCGAUGCCGUCGUCCAAAAGGUUGCUGCCAACACCCCCGAGAAGCUCAGCGGCAUGGCCCUCUACUCCAGAUUCGCCUUGGCUGGCGCCAUCUGCUGUUCAGUUACCCACGGCGCCCUCACACCCGUCGAUGUCGUCAAGACAAGAAUCCAACUCGACCCCGCCACAUACAACAGGGGCCUCUUCGGCGGCAUCCGCCAAGUGAUCGCAAAGGAGGGUGCGGGUGCUCUCUUGACCGGCUUCGGUCCCACCGCUGCAGGCUAUUUCCUCCAAGGCGCGUUCAAGUUCGGAGGCUACGAGCUGUUCAAGCAGCAGUCUAUCAACCUCCUUGGAUAUGAGACUGCCUCCAACAACCGCACGGGCGUCUACCUCGCCUCUGCCGCGUUGGCUGAGUUCUUCGCCGAUAUUGCGCUCUGCCCGCUGGAGGCUACACGUAUCCGUCUCGUCUCCGAGCCGACAUAUGCUAAUGGCCUGAUCGGUGGCUUCAGCAAGAUGCUGAAGAACGAGGGUGUGGGUGCUUUCUACGCUGGCUUUGGCCCCAUCUUGUUCAAGCAAGUCCCAUACACAAUGGCCAAGUUCGUCGUCUACGAGAAAGUCGCCGAGUUCGCGUGGCAGCAAUUCGACAAGUCGACGUCCUCCGACGCCUUCCAAACCACCGUCAACCUGGGCUCCGGCCUGAUCGCCGGUUUCGCCGCCGCCAUCGUCUCGCAGCCCGCGGACACCAUGCUCUCGAAGAUCAACAAGACCAAGGGCCUCCCCGGAGAGGGAACCACAUCAAGAUUGAUCAAGAUUGCGAAGGAGCUGGGGCUGAAGGGCAGUUAUGCGGGUAUUGGCGCGAGAUUGUUCAUGGUUGGUACACUUACGGCUGGACAGUUUGCGAUCUAUGGGGAUUUGAAGAAGGUGUUUGGUGCUACGGGCGGCGUCGAGAUCUCGAAGUAGAGUGGGGGGCUUGAAUAGAGGAGAGGAUAGAUUCCGCGGGCGUGGACUGCUGCUGGAUAGAAUUUCCGUUUCUGAGGUUCGCUGCAUCGUUCGUGGGUUGGUUCAUUGUCUGUUGCUUGUUUAGUUUUCUAGAGCAUAGAUAGACUUAGGGCGUGUCUGCUCCUCUUUAUCGGGGAGGCGGGCGGUGUAAAAUAGGACCUUUCUCUGCUACCGCUACUCGAAUAGAUGCC